GGGGCGGGGCCGGGACCCGUGACCCUGAGGGCGAGACCCGCCAGCCUGCCGGCCCGCCGCCCAGCGCCAGCCUUCCUGGCCUCUGCCGCUCCUCCGCCCCACGGCUCAGGAUUCGCCCAAAAUGAGGACUUCCCUGCAGGCAGUCGCACUCUGGGGACAGAAGGCCCCUCCCCACAGCAUCACUGCCAUCAUGAUCACUGAUGACCAGCGAACGAUUGUGACUGGAAGUCAAGAGGGUCAGCUCUGUCUCUGGAAUCUCUCACAUGAACUAAAGAUUGCAGCGAAAGAACUCCUGUUUGGUCAUUCAGCUUCAGUAACAUGUUUGGCAAGAGCAAGGGACUUCUCUAAACAGCCCUACAUUGUUAGUGCUGCUGAAAAUGGGGAGAUGUGUGUUUGGAAUGUCACCAAUGGACAGUGCGUGGAGAAGGCUACACUUCCUUACAGGCACACUGCAAUCUGUUAUUACCACUGCUCAUUCCGGAUGACAGGAGAAGGCUGGCUUCUUUGUUGUGGAGAAUAUCAAGAUGUCCUUAUAAUUGACGCCAAAACUUUGGCUGUUGUUCACAGUUUUAGAUCAUCUCAGUUUCCUGACUGGAUCAACUGCAUGUGCAUUGUUCACUCCAUGAGAAUUCAAGAAGAUUCUCUCUUGGUGGUAUCAGUAGCUGGUGAGCUCAAAGUAUGGGAUCUUUCCUCAUCUAUCAACAGCAUUCAGGAAAAGCAAGAUGUCUAUGAAAAAGAAUCCAAGUUUCUUGAGUCCUUGAACUGCCAGACAAUUCGAUUUUGCACAUAUACUGAGAGACUUCUAUUGGUGGUAUUUUCUAAAUGUUGGAAGGUUUAUGAUUAUUGUGAUUUUUCCCUUCUGCUGACUGAAGUUAGUAGAAAUGGGCAGUUCUUUGCUGGUGGAGAAGUGAUUGCUGCUUACAGAAUCCUCAUCUGGACAGAAGAUGGUCACAGUUACAUCUAUCAGCUGCUGAACAGUGGGCUUUCAAAAAGCAUAUACCCUGCUGAUGGAAGAGUGCUUAAAGAGACCAUUUAUCCUCAUUUACUGUGCUCUACUUCUGUGCAGGAAAAUAAGGAACAGAGCCGUCCCUUUGUUAUGGGCUACAUGAAUGAAAGGAAAGAGCCUUUUUACAAGGUACUUUUCUCUGGAGAAGUCUCAGGAAGAAUUACUUUGUGGCACAUCCCUGAUGUUCCUGUAUCCAAGUUUGAUGGUUCUCCUAGAGAGAUACCAGUAACUGCCACCUGGACUCUUCAAGAUAAUUUUGAUAAGCAUGAUACUGUGUCACAAAGUAUUAUUGACUAUUUCUCUGGGCUUAAAGAUGGGGCAGGAACUGCUGUAGUCACUUCAUCAGAGUAUAUUCCAAGUCUUGAUAAACUAAUAUGUGGCUGUGAAGAUGGGACAAUUAUCAUUACCCAGGCUUUGAAUGCUGCCAAAGCAAGACUUCUAGAAGGUGGUUCUUUAGUAAAAGAUUCUCCCCCUCAUAAAGUUCUUAAAGGCCACCAACAAAGUGUCACUUCAUUACUCUACCCACAUGGUCUCUCUUCGAAAUUAGACCAAAGUUGGAUGUUGUCUGGGGACCUGGACUCAUGUGUGAUCUUGUGGGAUAUCUUUACUGAAGAAAUUUUGCAUAAAUUCUUUUUGGAAGCUGGUCCAGUAACAAGUCUUUUGAUGUCACCAGAGAAGUUUAAACUAAGGGGUGAGCAGAUAAUUUGCUGUGUGUGCGGUGACCAUUCCGUGGCUCUCCUUCACCUUGAGGGAAAGAGUUGCCUCCUGCAUGCCCGGAAGCACCUUUUUCCUGUGAGGAUGAUAAAAUGGCACCCGGUUGAGAAUUUUUUAAUUGUUGGAUGUGCAGAUGACUCAGUUUAUAUCUGGGAAAUUGAAACAGGCACUUUGGAAAGACAUGAGACAGGAGAAAGAGCACGAAUUAUUCUUAAUUGUUGUGAUGAUUCACAGCUUGUGAAGUCUGUACUUCCCAUUGCCUCAGAGACACUUAAGCACAAAAGUAUAGAACAGAGAUCCUCCAGCCCCUACCAGCUUGGGCCAUUACCUUGCCCUGGUCUGCAGGUGGAGUCUUCAUGUAAGGUUACUGAUGCCAAAUUUUGCCCAAGACCUUUUAAUGUCUUGCCUGUGAAGACAAAAUGGAGUAACGUGGGCUUUCAUAUUCUUCUAUUUGAUCUGGAAAACCUUGUUGAACUUUUGCUACCAACUCCACUCAGUGAUGUUGACUCUUCCAGUUCAUUCUAUGGUGGUGAGGUCCUGAGAAGAGCCAAGAGCACAGUGGAGAAGAAGACACUGACACUGAGAAAAAGUAAAACUGCCUGUGGUCCUCUUUCAGCAGAGGCACUAGCCAAGCCUAUUACUGAAAGCCUGGCCCAAGGAGAUAAUACCAUCAAAUUCUCAGAAGAUGAUGAUGGCAUUAAAAGGCAGAAGAAAAUGAAGAUCUCCAAAAAAAUGCAGCCUAAGCCAUCAAGAAAAGUAGAUGCCAGUCUCACAAUAGACACAGCAAAAUUGUUUCUGUCUUGCCUUUUGCCAUGGGGAGUGAAUAAAGAUUUAGAUUAUCUUUGCAUUAAGCACCUCAAUAUUUUAAAGCUUCAGGGUCCUAUUUCUUUGGGAUUUGCUUUGAAUGAAGAUAAUUUCUCACUGAUGUUGCCAGGUUGGGAUUUAUGCAAUAGUGGAAUGAUAAAAGACUAUUCAGGAGUAAAUUUAUUUUCCAGGAAAGUUUUGGACUUGUCAGAUAAAUACACAGCCACUCUUCCAAAUCAGGUUGGAACUCCAAGAGGAUUGGAAAAUAAUUGUGAUUCUUUGCGAGAGUCAGAUACUAUAGUUUAUUUGUUGAACAGACUAUUUUUAGUUAAUAAAUUAGUUAACAUGCCUUUAGAAUUGGCAUGUAGAGUUGGCAGUUCUUUCAGAAUGGAAUGUGUACAUAAUAAGGUGAGAAGUGCUGGGAAUGACAUUUUAAAUAUGUCAAGCUUCUACAGUUGCUUACGAAAUGGUAAGAAUGAAUCCCAUGUACCUGAGGCUGACCUUUCACUUUUGAAGCUAAUUUCCUGUUGGAGAGACCAGUCUGUGCAGGUAACUGAAGCAAUACAAGCUGUUCUCUUGGCGGAAGUUCAACAACACAUGAAGAGUUUGGGAAAGAUACCCGUCAAUAGUCAACCAGUGUCCAUGACAGAGAAUGGUAACUGUGAGAUGAAGCAGAUGCUGCCAAAGCUGGAAUGGACAGAAGAACUAGAGUUACAGUGUGUUAGAAACACUUUGCCUCUGCAAACUCCAGUCAGUCCGGUCAAGCAUGACAGCAACUCAAACUCGGCAAACUUCCAAGACGUGGAGGACAUGCCUGACAGAUGUGCCUUGGAAGAGUCUGAGAGUCCAGGUGAGCCAAGGCAUCAUUCAUGGAUAGCAAAGGUCUGCCCCUGCAAGGUGUCUUAAAUGGAAUCUCAUCAGUAGGCGCUGAAUUUGGACAAAUUAAGAAAUCCAAAAGAUGCCAUUUGUUUAUUACUGUAUAAAAGCAUUGUUGUUAUUGGUCAAGUUAUUAGGCUGUAGUGGAUUUGCUAAUACUUUAGCCAACAUGUAUUAAAGUGAUUUUAAUACAUGCUGAUUAAAAUGCAAUACAUACUGAUUGAAAAUAUUCAUAUUCAUCUAAUUUUAGAAAAAUAUUGCCUAGAUCAUUCUCUAUUCCUGUUUCUUACUUUUUCUGUUAAUAUUUCCAACAGGGAAUGCCAGUCCACAGACACAAAUUUAAUACUGCUUUAAAUUUUCUCCUAUCCUUUUAGUCCCUGAAUUAUAUAAUAAACAAUGUUAAAACCAAUGUAGUACACAAUACUUAUAAAUUUAAUAUUGCUUCAAGGUAUUUAAUCUAAAAUUUUACCAACUUUGAUUUGUCUGGUUAGGAUAUUUUGUUUUAGUGGAUAUGCUUUAAUUCGGAUCAAUUACUGCAGUAAAUCUCAUCCCUAAGCAUGAAAUGUUGUCAACAAAUACCCAGUUCCAUUUAGUUAUCAAUUAGCCCAAAUAAGUGAUACAAAGUAUAACAGUGACCAACCUUGUACUGUUGAGUUAAUUUGAACUUCUAAUGACAUUGAGGCUAAUGUCUUUAGCUAAAGGUUGAUCUUGUUGGCCAUAUAGAUGUGAACUAGGGAAGGGGAAUCAACUUACAGCAUAUCACAGUUGAUCCUUACUAAGUAUAAACUCUUGUAGGUCUUUUCCCAGAAAGAAGCUUGACUAGCUGGAAUUCUAAAACUGAAAUAUAUCAAACAGCAUAAAUAGGAAUAGCCAUAAAGUGCUCUUCUAUUAAAGCCUUUGGUGAUCUAUUUACUAUGAUUUAUAUUGUACAGUUCCUCGAUUUACAGAAAAUCAUCAAAAUUAUUAAUCUACAUAUCUUAUGUACAUAAAUAUUGCCUAAUCCAUAGAAAAAAGGAUAUAAAGUAUUAAAUAUGUGAUAUAUAGCUAUAUCUAUCUAUCUGUGUAUCUAAUAGGGAAGUUCAAGUCACUUCAAUUGAAGAAACAUAUCUCUGAGCAUGGUGGGAUGCAGUGGACAGGAGAGGGGGAAAUUAGAAAAGAGAACUAUAUAAUUGAAAAAGGGAUAUAAGGAUGCAGUGGACAGGAGAGAGGGAAAUUAGAAAAGAGAAUUAUAUAAUUGAAAAAGGGAUAUAAAGCAUUAAAUAUAUGAUAUAUAGCUAUAUCUAUGUAUGUAUCUAACAGAGAAGAAGUUCAAGUCACUUCAAUUAAAGAAACAUUUUUGAGCAUGGGACCAGCCUCAGGUCUUAUGCUGGGAUGCAGUAGACAGGAGAUGGGGAAAUUAGAAAAGAGAACUGUGUAAUUGAAAUGACAUGGGCUGCACCCUUAAGGAACUUAUAAUUAAUGAUGAUCUGAAUAAACAUACCAGGAUAAAGAUGUCAAAUGAGUGUGACUCCCUUAAAGUAGAUUAAAGUGUGCAUUCUUUGUUUCCUAAAAUAUGAUUUUACUGCUUGAAAUUACAUUUGAGUUGAACUUUAGAAACUAACAUAGCGUUAAUAUGAAUAAUCAUGGAAAAUUAUUAUCCUUUGAAAACUGAUAAAUAUAUUCCCCCUCCUUUAGAAACAGUCAAAAGCCACUUCAAACAAGUUUCAAAAUAAAGGAAGGUAGCAAGUUAGGCGAUGGAUUAUAUUUUCUUGCUUGUUGUAUACCAGUUGUCAAGGACAUUAUAAGGACUCCCAAAAGCAUUUUGAAGGAUGGCAAUAUCAAAUACGUGUAUGUCCUCUCAAAUGAGGCAUUUUUAAUUGUUAAAACCUAUUUGGACGCUCAGGCUAUGAUAUGUUUAUGAAAAAUAAGCUUCAUUAUUUUUAUAGCUACAUCCUAUUAUUCCCUUUUAGAAACAAGAAUAACAAUAGGUUUUAAUAGUUGCCAUACUUAGCAUUUAUCAGGUCUAAUGAAACCAAUAUUGAAUCUCUGAUAAAUAUUUUCUGAUGUUACUAGCUAUGGGAAAUUAGAACUGGCACAACCCUGACAUUACUAAAUGGAAAUGUUAGGAUUUUUCGGCAUCGCAUGUUAGAAUCUCUAAAACUUAAACAUUCCUGUUAAAUGACUAAGGUUUGCUUUUAUCAAUAUGAAUUCUGAAGGCCAAUAUCAUACCAAUAACUAUGAAAGCUUUUAAUUCCUAAAAAUAGUUUUAGAGAUAUUCAAGCAAUGCUCUCCUAAUAUCCAUACGCAUGUGUUUAUAACACAAAUUCACUAGUCUGUUUAAAAAUGAAUUCUUUAUAUUGACUGGUGUUCUACAUAUUUCAGUAAUUUCUGUUAUGAGAGGACUUGAAAUAGCAAAUUGCCACGCAGUUAACUGGAUAGACCACGUACGUGGUGAUCAUAACCACUUGGUACUACACCCAGAAACUCAAAAUUGUCUUUCUCCUGAUGAGAUAUGGGUGUCCUUUUGUACGUCUAGCCCUAGGUAACCAGUGGAGUGAUUAUAUUAGCAAAUGUGUUUGUAUCCAGAGUCUUCCUGUCAUUGUAAUAAAAAAUUUAUUUAAAAAUUUUGUCUUGUGUUUCUUUUUUGGUAAUCAUCUUGGUGAUAUUUAUGAAUGUAUA